UCUGGGCAUCCCUUUAACAAUUCUACCACAUUCAAAUCGUUCCCAUUUUUAUUAACAUUAAUAGCCUCAGACACAGUAAAACCUGCCUCAGCUCCAAGAUUUGGUAAAUCACCUUGUCAUUUCCUUCAUUGAAAGUUGAUGAAUAACUGAUAAAGUUCCUUUCUUGAUAAUUUUACAGUUGGAUUUAUUGGAUUCAUUCAGGAUUCCAAAAGGGUAGUGGCAUUUGCAUCCGGUUUGCAUUUCUUGACAAGAUUUGGACACCCUUUUGGUCCCUUGAUCAUUACCUAUGCUGGGUUCUGAUGUUGAUGUAGUUCUGAUUCAAGCUUCUAAAAUCUGUUGUAUUCUUUGUUACUGGAAAUUGGGACUUUAUCCUUGAUUGAUGCUCCAGCCUUUGUUGAAUUAAAGGGAAUCAAUUCGGUAUAAUAGUGAUUGAAUUGGUGUUUUUUUUUUAAAUGAUCUUGUUGAUGGGCUUGAGUUUUCCUAUAGAAUUUUGAGUAUUAUACAAUUGUAUUAGGAACAAGUGAUAAUAGUCAAAAUGUUUUUGGAACUGGAUCUUGUGAACUGGGGUGGUGGUGCUGAGGACGAUUGAGAGGAUGAGCAGUUUGAGUCGAACAGCUUCGUUGAAACAAAGAACCCAGAUUGUUGGCAGCCCCCGAGCUGUUGCUAGCCCAAGAAUCACACGAAAGAGCUGGAAUUCCGGACCAGUUCUUAUAGGUGUAGUGAUAGGAUUAGUUGUUUCCUUUUUCUUGGCCGUUGGUUUGCGGUAUCUUUAUGUUCUUCCAAGCCUUACACAGGCUUUUCACGAUGAUAGUGUCUCACAUUUAAAUGAUUCAGGUAACUCUUGUGAUGUGUUUGAUGGAAAUUGGGUGUUGGAUUAUAGGUAUCCCUUGUACAAUGCCUCAGAAUGCCCUUUUGUAGAGCAAGGUUUUAAUUGCUUGGAAAAUGGUAGGAUGGAUAAAGAGUAUCUUAAGUGGAGAUGGAAGCCGAAGAAUUGUGAUAUUCCAAGAUUUAAUGUGAUGAGUAUCCUGGAAAUGUUUCGCAACAGAAGAAUUGUUUUUGUUGGUGAUUCAAUGAGUAGAACACAAUGGGAGUCCUUGAUAUGUAUGUUGAUGACUGGGGUGGAAGAUAAGAGGAGUGUUUAUGAAGUCAAUGGCAGCAAGAUCACGAAACAGAUUAGAUUUUUGGGUGUGAGAUUCAGUUCCUUUAAUUUUACUAUUGAAUUCUAUCGAUCUGUGUUCCUAGUGCAACACAGUUGGGCACCUAAGCGUGGACCUAAAAGGGUUAGAUCCACUCUUAAAUUGGACGAGUUGGAUGAUAUCAGUGAUGAGUGGAUUAAUACAGAUGUUCUGAUAUUUAAUUCCGGACAAUGGUGGGUUCCUGGGAAGCUCUUUGGAACGGGUUGCUAUUUCCAAAUUGGUAACUCAUUGAAGCUAGGGAUGUCAAUUGGCACUGCCUUCAGAACAGCUUUGGGUACAUGGUCUUCUUGGGUUGAUACAAUGAUUAACCCAAACAGGACACGCGUCUUUUUUCGAACUUUUGAACCAUCUCACUGGAGUGGUGACGAAACUCUGCGCUUAUGCAAUAUGACGAGUCAACCUCUUUCAGAAACCGAAGGGAAAGACAGUAGCCCAUUUUCGGACACCGUAUUUGAUGUGGUGAAAAACAUGGCAGUUCCAGUAACUGUUCUGCACAUAACUCCCUUGUCAGCUUUUAGGAGAGAUGCACAUGUGGGUAUAUGGAGCGACAAACCAAAUAUGUCGGACUGCAGCCACUGGUGUCUACCAGGAGUACCUGAUAUAUGGAACGAAAUACUCUUUCAGCUGCUUCCUGGCUUCAAAGAUGCAUCCUCAGAGUGAGCUAACAGAGAAAUUGACUAAUCAAAAGCAAAGUGAUGGAAUUGAUGAUUUCAGGAAGCUUCUGUGAAGGAGUGUCCUGUCUGAUAAGCUUCUGUGAUGCAUGCAGGUCCUGCGUAACAGGAUACGAACCAUCCUUCCUAACCUGUUCAACUGUAUAUUUUUCCUUGAAGAAAGGAGGUCAAGCACAAUUUUGCAUCAGUAAAACUAAAGGAGUGUAUAGCCAGCCACGUCUAGAGAGAAAUCAUGUAUCAUGACUUCAUUUGUUCAUUCUUUUCAAUUCAUUUUUGCACAGAACAGAAAAGAUGUAACUUCAUUAUUGAUUUUUCUUAAACAUUUUGCAAUUUAU